GUCCGUCAUUUCAGACACGACACCACGGGCGAAAGCAACUCAGGAGUCAGCGGAUUGUCAGCCUCAGGUCCAUGAGCUGUCAGCUUCAGCGCCCAGCAACAAGCUCCCCGCCUCGGCGAAACCCAGGGGUGCUUUCGGUAUCUUUCCCCAGUGGCGAUACCGAGAAAGAAGAUUCAAGCCAGUGUUGAUUAGAUGAAGAUCUUCGAAGUGGGGCGGAGUUCUUUAUUCCACAGAUUGCGCAUGAGCAAGACAUCUCACCAUGUUUUGCCCUCGUUGCUCUGGUCCCACCCGCUCGUCCUCGUCCUGGUCCUCAGCCUCGAACUGACACUAAGCUCGCCCCCUGUCGUGAUGCGGGGUCUAUUGCCAAUUUUCUUAUCUCUCACCACCAUGCGUCAGUGGACGCGGCUUCGAAGUCCCGGGAGUUUGAAUUUCCUCGGGGUGGUCAAGGGCUGACAGAGGAUUUCGAUUUUUGAUACGCGCGAGAUGCGCCUCGAUAUCCGUUAUCAGCAAGCCGCCCCAUCGCAUCUGCAUAAAAAACGCGCGCGGGAUCGAUGAGGGGUUGUCGCUGAGAGUCCGUAUUUCCCCAACAAUGCGCGGCGUAGUCCAGCUUCUGUCCCUCGCGUCUCUCGCGCCCCUUGGGGCCUUAGCCGGCCCCCACGCUCGUCUGCGACACCCGACAGUCGCCUACACGUCUCGCAAGAGCGGGCACGGGCCCUUGUUUGAAGUCCUGGCUGCUCAGCCCGUGGAAUCCGAGCCCGGAUUCAGCCCAACGGCAGCCGCGCCCAAGGCAAACCCGUUCCUCUCCCUCACGAACGACGAAGCCGCGAGUAUCGUCGCUUUCUUGCACAACCAGACGGCACUGAACUUGACCGCGGCCACGGAUGCCGGUCCUUGGGACAACGCGAUCGAGGUGCUGGAUUUGGUUGCACCGAAUAAAACAGAUGCACUCGACUAUCUCGACCACUCCGGACCGCUGCCUGCUAGGUAUGCGGUUGCCAAAAUCAUGUUUGGGGCCACGGAAGAGCCAUAUCUGCAAGACUUCAUUGUCGGACCUCUUCCGAUCUCCAAUACCUCCACCUACGAGAGUCUGGACUGGAGCACGACCAAGGGGACGUCCAAGAUCCGGAACUACGAUGCUGACUCGAGCCUGAAAUCCGAGUGGCUCUACAACGUCUCGACCCCUCUUGCUGACAUUCUCCUCGACCUGUUCAACGCUACACUCGACGAGCUCGACAUUUGGGGAAUUGACCCACUCUGGAAGGAGAAGCUGCCUAUCACAUAUACCGACAAGCACGGCAAGGAGAAGGUCAAGAACGAGGAGCGGAUUGUGGCCUGGAAUACCUUCUGGCGCUACCCCACGGGCGAAAACGCGGUAUUUGACGGCGAGACGCUGUUGCCUCAAGGCCUGUUCUUCAAGGCAGAUGUCACAGGCCGUGACCCCAGCCAGUGGAGGGUGCUGGGAUGGCUGUAUGGAGACAUUUUCUACUCGACAACAGCUGAAUUCCGCUCCGCCUGGGAGAAGCCUGACUUUGUCAAGUACGAGAUCAACCAGAGCGGAGACUGGGUUGGGUCCGAUCGAGUGGGAACACCCUUCCCAGGGGACACUCUCCCUGCACCGAUUCUCGUUCAGCCGAGUGCUCAACGGUUCUCCGUUGACGAAUCUCAGCGCUACGUCGAGUGGAUGGACUUCUCCUUCUAUUUGACGUUUACGAGAGACACCGGACUCCGGCUGUACGAUAUCCGUUACAAGGGAGAGCGGAUCAUCUACGAACUUGGCUUGGAGGAAGCUAUUGCUCACUAUGCUGGCAAUGACCCCGUGCAGUCCGGUACCGCUUACUUGGACACGUUCUACGGAUUUGGAACGUUCGCAUUCGAGCUUGUGCCUGGGUUCGAUUGUCCGUCGUAUGCACAUUUCUUGAACGGGACUUUCCACGCUGGAGAGGUCUCCACCACCCACCGAAACAACAUCUGUCUGUUCGAGAGCGACCCGGGCUACCUCAUGCAGAGGCACUCGUCGAUGAACUACCUCUCGCUCACCAAGAACAUUGCGUUCACUGUCCGCUCCGUGUCGACUGUGGGCAACUACGACUACAAUUUCGACUACAUCUUCACCCUUGACGGUGCGGUCGAGACUGUUGUGCGCGCCUCCGGAUACAUCCAGUCGGCAUACUACGCACACAACUCCGAGUACGGGUACCGCGUCCACGACAGCCUGAGCGGAUCGAUGCACGAUCAUUCGCUGAACUGGAAGGUUGACAUGGACGUCCUGGGCACGGCGAACACGUUUGUCAAGCACAAGAUCGCGCCUGCGGAGGUCAAGUACAGCUGGAGCAACGAGACACGCAAGACGAUGAAGCUCGAGAAGGUCAAGGUCAAGAACGAGGAUCAGGCCAAGUUGUACUGGCCCCGGAACGGAGCCGACAUGUUCAUCGUCGAGAACCUCGACCCCUCCAAGGCUAACAAGUACGGCGAGGCCCGCGGCUACAAGAUCUCUCCGUCCCGCGGUGGAUCGGGGAUGCACCUGACCAUCCAGGACUCGCCGAACCUGCUCAAGUCGCAGAGCUUUGCGACCCACGCAUUGUAUGUGACCAAGCAGAAGGACACGGAGCCGCGGUCGGCGCACGCCCAUAAUGACUACGACCCGGGUCACCCCAUCAUCGACUUUUCUGAGUUCUUGGACGGCGACAAUCUCGAACAGGAGGAUAUCGUCGUUUGGCUGAAUCUUGGAAUGCACCACGUGCCGCACACUGGCGACAUGCCGAACACGGUAUUCACGACCGCGCAGUCGGCGUUCAUCAUCUCGCCGCACAACUAUCUCCUCAACGACGCGUCCCGAACGACGCGCCAGAUGGUCCGCAUCGAUUACAACGCCUCGGGCGUGCAGCUCGUCAAGCAGUUCGGCGCUAAUCUCCCGAGUGGCAUGCUCAACCUGACGAGCACGAACUGGGACUUCACCUCGUAUGAGGGCGACAUCAACACGAGAAAGUUCCCGUACGACCCCCUGCAUCCGUACAACGACACGCAAAGCAUUGUUUAAAGUAGAGUAUCGAAUGAAUCACAGAAGUUAUGUAACUUCAAUGCAGUGUGAACAUUACCGGUGAUGAUGCUUCAUAUUCAAAUCACAGUGGCUUCUCCAGCGCUCUAGCCAUCGUACUGGGCAUUCAUGUGACCUAAUUCGCGUCGAGCUGUGUAUGCUGUCCCCCUUCGUGGAUUGGCCGCGGUAGCUCGGCGGGUCAGAAUCCCGCCCUUCGUUCGCAACCAUUCCGUCGACAGAGGCGUCUCCUGGAAGUGACAACGGGCACUGUAACAUGUCUGAAGCGCUCUUCUCUUUGGAGUGUACACCGGGAGUGUAUCUGCUGCUCGGAGCCAAAGGGAUGACCUGGGAACAUUGGGCCAAGUCGCGGUCCUCUCAGGCUGUGGAACUGCGUCUUUCCGCUUUCAGGUUGCUGUGAUGCCCCUCGAUGAUGAUCUCACUGGGCUGGACCUACGCAGCGACCAUUGAUAAAUGCAGCUCCCAGGUUGCUGCGGGAGCAACAAGACCGCAAGGCGCUUCCAUGGAUCCAUCGGGGACCAGGACAGGCUGAGGACUAUCGAGAGUUGGCUUAGCACUGGUCAGAUCAGCUGUCGAACUAUACGCAUACGGCUAUACUCUGGGGUAGCUCAAUAGAACUUGCGAUGUCCGCAGGCAACGAUGGACAAAUCACAUGGAAUCAGCUGGCACGCAGGCUACGAUCUGUCCAAACUCGUGGCGAAAUGGUCAGGAUUCCCGCGCAUUCCUUGUGUGAGUGCUAUCGUUCACGCCCCGUACUCCAAGCGCACAGCAAAUGCACCAUGAUAGUUCUUUGACUCAAAUGUUGAGGACUGGAAGACUCAGUAUUCGGGGCUCUGCGAUACUCAUUGAUAGUGAACAACUAGAACUAGAAACUGUCGAGGGUAUACAAUUACAUGAACAUGGGGAGGACGAUCUACUGACAUUUCGAACGCGAAUUGCCUUGACUCGAAUCGCGUUCAAGUUAAGUCAAUUCGGGUUCAAAGUGCGACGGGAGGAAUGGUCUUCACGUGGUAGCAGGGGUAUCAUCGACAAAAGAGGCCAAGCCUUAGAUCAGGCGUAUACCUUCUCGUGAAGUUCAGGUUGUCCGGGUAGCCGCUGUGCGGUUUUUAGCACCACAUUAUGCAGAGAGUUUAGUACAAAGCCUUGGUGAUGAAUUACCUCUAAUCGGAAUUUGCAAAGCUGGAAACCCGAUUUAGGGUCCUUCUCGAAGUACGCCUAGGAUUUCCAUUGUCAAUGAUUCGGGAAAGUAUCUGGCUUGGGUGCAUACAUUGGUCACCGUGUAUUUCCCAUCGUAGCGAAAACUGAGAAGUUCAACGUUGGAGUCGAGAGAAUGAGCGAGUGGUCUCACCCUCGAGCUGGAGCCCAAGCACUGCGCUUAUUCGGUCCACGGAUGACAUGGACUGGCUGUCCGCGCUCCAUCGAUUUCUAUGCAGAAGAUGAGACCAAUCCCCAUCGACGCGGCCACUUGGCCAUACCACGAGAUAUUGAUUGUCGCGAUGUUCGAACGACUGGUCUUGGGUCUGAGUCCCAUUCUAGAGAAAUAGUCAACCAUCGUUUCUGUUUUCGUUUUCUUCUUCAUGCAUACGCUGAAAGUACCAGAGUCUCCUUUCCCAGUUCCGGUGUAUAUUCUUCGAAUGGAUGGGAUUUAGACACAGUCAGUCAGAGUUUGGAGGUGAGAAUUCGUGCACUGACAGGACAUCGCCAUCAUCCUGCCCAGGAUAGAAUCCGGACGUAACGAUAGAUAUAGCACCGAGCUCCUUGGUCCCGUAGAUUCCCGCCAUCGACCGCCGGUGAAGUUCCAUCGCGUCCGAUCUGCAGAGCACCACAUUGAAUCCUUUGGCGCAAUGAAAUGGAAUUGAGUACAUACCUGCUUUCCCAUGUCUUGCCAACCGGUAUUUUCUUCUGGACCCUCGAGUCGAUGGCCCAGUUGGACGGGGUGGCCAGUUGGAACUCGGGCGCUGCCAUGAGAGCUUUGCGUCUAAUAGAGCGGGUCGAUCCGAGGUUCGUUUUCAAUGAGGGGUUGCCACUGACCUGGCCUCCAUAGAUGAGGAUGGGAGAUAUCAAGCCUCAACUGAGUCAACUCGUAUGUUAUUGUUAUAGCCUACGUAAGCGAUCGAAUCAUCGAUGGCGUUCGUUGAUAGGUGACGUCAUACACAACAAGACCUAUUGUGAGGCCUUGAUAAGUUGCGGUCCUGUUGUGUAUGUGUAGGAGUAAAGAUUAGCUGGCUCCGAUGAGGGUGGCUUGACCAGAGUGUGUAAGUGAGAAGUUUGAAAGCAGAAGUUGGCCUGUCACAUGCGCGUCAUGAUGUGACCAUGUCCUCUUCCUGCAGUUCACUCGCACGAGAGGAUCGAGAACAGGACUUCAAUCUCAGAAUACAUGCUAGGGUCAACACUCAGAAGAUCCAGACCAAUUUAUCACCCUCCAGCCUGCUUUUGUUGCUACCGAAACUCGCCAGGUCCCCUCGCUUUUCAUCCCUCUGCGGGACGGCUCGACAUUUGUGACGGCUUGCAUCCUAUGACUUCUCCGCACAGUUUCUUGCCAUCACAUCCGCUCAGAAUACUCCGAUACUCGUCGUCAGGUGCCACUCUUUUCCUCCCUGGCGCUGCUAUCCCGCUCGUAGUUCAUGCGUGCGUGCUCUCCGACUUGACGACACUGCAUCCCGACGCGCCUGUCAUUCUAUCCGACAUGCCCACUCCGCUUCUUGGUUUCCGCUCAAGAAAUCUUCACGUUAUUCCAAGCCAUAAACGAGAGCUCUUCGUACCUCACGCAUGGCGGAUUCGUCAAGGUCGUCCACGCAUUGACGACAAUGCGAGCCGGUACAUCAGACCGCCUCGCUCCCUGAGGGCUACAUUGAUCUACAGGGCUGAGCCGAUGCCCUGCAGUGCCCGGGACUGGGCACGGCUUCGAAGUGAUCGCAGUGUACUUGGGUAGUGGCGUGGGGAAUAGACUGGGGAUCAGUUCGUUGUCUUCGGUGCGGUGCUUAGUGGGACGACUGGCGUUCUUAAGGGAUAAAGCUUCUUGGUCACACUGCGGUCGUUAUGAGAUCGAUACGUCUCUCGACCCGUGACGAUCUUGUUCUGUUCUCGUAUGGGUCGAGGACACAUAUCGCGGACUUGUUAUGACUCUCAUGUCUUGCAUCAACGAUGGUGCUGCACGGAUUGGAUACUCACAAGAACUCGAGUCGCUGGUGUUGACUCGCAUUCCAUCGUUGGUAUCAAGCACCGACACGAAUCCGGGCUCGUCCUUCUGAUUCCCCUCGCAAGUGGGUUAAAGCUUUCCGCCCGUCUCGCUGGUCGAGGCUCUAGAUGACCACGGGCCUAUGCGGCUCCAAGUCUACGAACUGUUCACCUCUUGGAUACAGGAUGCACGCUUCACAGUCGUUAGCUUGUUCGUUCGGCCAGUCUGAGGACUUCUGCACGGAUCGCAAUCUCCGUGGCCGUCAUGCCAUGAUGACGGGCAGCCUUGAGUGGACAACUGCUUCCUCUAUCAUCCAGACUCCAUGCUCGUCCAUGCGUCUUCGGUUGCCCGCUGGAAUGGACCGAAGGCAAUCCUCGCUAUGGGUGGAAACAUGGGGCAGACAGGCGACACAAUCGGUCCCCACUCAAUCCACGGAACUUACUGGCAACGCAUCCAAGACUGAGAUCAUAAUGCUUCUUUCGCAGGGCUGCACCGGUUGCGCCGGGUGGCAUGACGGGCUGCAAGGCUCUAUUCGGAGGAAACAUUAAGCAGGUGAUUAUAAACGAGGCGUGUCCGCAGCUAAGACGUACAUAUAGAUGAGAGCAUCGAUGUUGGGAACCAUAUGGAAGAAGAAUAUGCUGCACCUUCGGUACGGUGAGCGAAAUGGGCCCCGCAAUCGUAACUAUAAGCAACCUUCGGAUACUGGCCUGAACGGCCAGCUGAAGAAUGCUUCAGAUCACCAGCCAAGCGAAUACCUCAUGCGGUGUUUGCAAGUGUCAGGUCUCAUUGGAAUAAUAAAAAAUACAGUAGGAUAUCAUAUCAGUACAUCAUGCUGCGUGCAAAGUGGUGGCCGCCAGCGACUACGACCCCGAGCCAGACGACUUCUUCCCACCAAAUCUGCCUCCACUCAACAAACUGCCUGACUCCCUCAAUAGCAGACCCAUCCCCAUAAUGACCGCCCCUGUAAUCGCGAAUGGCGCCGCGAGUAUCAUGCCCACGCCUAGGCCAAUGUCCUUCAGGAUCGCGCCCUUCUGCACCUCAGGAGCCUUCUCGAAGGCAUCUGCACGGUGCGCCCAGUCCUCGCGCACGGCGUCCUCCGGAUGGCGCUCGGCGAUGUCCCGCAUGGAAGCGACGAUAGACCGCUCGAGCUCGGGUGUGCGCGACGUCCAGUUGUAUUUGCGUAUGCGGCUAUCCAGCUUGCGCAGGGCUGCACGGCAUUCGUCUUCUGUCAUCCUCGAGACCUUCUUGGUCUCUGAUUCGAAUGGAGGGGAGGAGGAGGAGGGGUCUGCUUCCGACGUCUUGGGUGGGGGUCCAGUGUACGGUGGAGGCAAGGCCUUUUCAUCGAUGAUAGCCAUGAUGAUGUGGUAAAUAGACUCGGAUUCAAGGAUGGGAGGAUUCGUGGAAUGUUUUCGAUUCUCGCUGGUAUCCGCACAUUUAAAUAGUCAACGCAAUGUAGGGCUGCGGAUGCUGCGCAGAGUUUCCUCGCGCCGCGGGUAGUCAUCUUGGUUUGCAACGGAGAAACUCGAUGACAGGUCGGUGGCAGUGCGACACCCCAUCAGUG